CAGCAGUGACCGCGGCUAGUUUCAACUACAAAUUCUUGAUUCCACUGCCGUUUCCUGUGGGGGAUCAGGGCAUCGUCAUUCGCAAUUUAAGGUUUCCAGCUAUGGCUACAGAAGUUAUCGAAAUGCAUAUUAUACUAGACGCCAUAAUCUGCAGUGCGUCUGGAACAAGUUUGGAUCAAGGAAGUAGGUUAACUGCAGAUGCGCAUGCUGCAUGCAUGCACAGCAUGUGACUGGCUGCCCGGAAAACACGCAGAGAACUCCCCCAUAACAAAGGCUUUGUAUUCAGUCUCAUGAUACUCCCGUGUCUUGUAGGAAUUUCUCUCAUGAGCGUAUUUAACACUAUCGUGAACCCAACACUGGGAGUUCUCGAGAUAGCUGGUGCUGCAUCAGGUGUUCCGUAUGCCCAGGGGGCUGGGAUGGCACUCCAAGCCAUCAACACCGCUUGCAACCAAGUGGCCAUCCACAAGCGCAAGUCUGCCCAACUUGCUGACAGAUGCACUUCGUUGCUGAACUUGAUCAAUGAUCAUGCAGUUGGACCCGCUAGCGAUGAGAUGCGAUCAUCCUUAGAAGACGCUGAAUUUGUUCUGUAUGCUGUACGAGACCGCAUACAAAAGUGGUCACGAUAUAGCAAAGUGAAAAGUUUCUUCAAGAGCUCUCAGAUAGAAAACGACCUGGAUAGGUGCCAGAACGAUGUGAACGCAGCUAUGGAGCGUCUGCACGUCAAAAAUCCCCUAUCUGUCCUGAUCAUGCAGAAACAAUCUAUGGACCUCAUGAAAAUGAAUCAAGAUCGCAUCGAGGAAAAGCUGGCACAGCUGAUGAUAUCCCCACAACAGAUAUUGGACGCAGUCCAACGGCACAAUGCUGGCGGUCGGGAUGCCCUUGAUCUCAUGAGAACCGGUCAGGAGCGCUUGAUACAACUAUGCUUGCAAUUGCCGCGUGAGAACUCCCAGUCACCGGACCGAACGUUACUUGGGGACCCGAUGGUUGAAUCCCCAUCACCCUCACGUUCUUGCUCGCUAGAAAUGACGGUGCAAACUCAGAUACAAUGUGCUUUGACAGAUUUACGGCGCCUAACAAAAAUUCCUCCGACACUCAAAGUCUUGAACAAUCAGGUCAAAAAGGUCAGCGGAUCCAUUCCGAUAUGCUCUGGAACGUACAGCGACAUCUGGCAAGGAGAAAUGUUAGGAGAGAAGGUCGCACUCAAAACCUUGCGCAAUAUCACUGACCCUACGAAAGCCAGAAGAAUGACCAAGCGCUAUGAGCACGAAAUGAACGUGUGGGAAAAGCUUAAACACGACAACAUUCUGACAAUUUACGGUGUCAUCACCAACUUGGGACCUAUUCACAUUGUGUCGACGUGGCAAGAAAAUGGCAAUGUACUAGAAUAUCGCAUCAAGAACCCUGACAUCAACCCCCUUACUUUGCUCGCACAAGCCGCAAGAGGCAUCGAGUAUCUUCAUGGAUGCAACAUUGUUCAUGGAAAUCUGAAAUGUAAUAAUAUGCUGGUCUCCUCCGAAGGUGUAGUAUGCAUUGGUGACUUUGGGCACACGCAGGUCCUAGAUGAAGUGCUCGGGAGGGAGGAAUUCACCGCUUAUACUGGGUCCUCCAACGUGCGUUGGAAUGCUCCGGAACUCCUGGGUGGCGAUGAUGUCAAGCCCACCAAAGCCAGCGACGUCUUCGCGUUCGGAAUGUCUAUCCUGGAGCUUGUAACCAAGCAGGCACCCUAUUCGCAUAGAAAACGUGAUCUCACUGUUAUCAUGGACAUCAACGACAGACAUUUACCUCUUCGUCCGACCGAGCCGGAAGAUGUCUCGCGGUGGAUGCAUAGUGAACUAUGGGAAGUUUUGAACAGAUGUUGGUGUUUUAUGCCUCAGGAGCGGAUGGAUCUUGGAGAAAUCACAAUCUGUCUUGAGGAUCUCACCAAGUACCUUGGGAAUCAUCCAAAUUGGCAGACGGAACAGGUCGAUGUUGACAUUGUUCAAUGAGAUGUUGUCCUCGCGUAUAUCAUGAUCCACGCAUGUACAUAUGUUAACUACUUUAUCAAAAUGAUCUCAGGGAGAUCUGCGGCUUCAUACUCUGCUGCACUGUGCCCGCGGCGCCUUCAACAGCCUUCCGAAUUGACAUCUCAAGUACUUCCCGCACAGAGGGGUCCAGC